UCUAAUCCACACCAACCAAAUGUAUGUUAUAUAAUCACAUUGAUUAAGAGCUAAAUAAUACAAGAAACAUGUCAUUCUCCUCCUCUACCUUGAUCACUACCAACGCCAUCCGCAGCCAAGUCUCCUCCUCCGCCAUGGAUGUUGUUCAAAGACGUCUCAUGUUUGAAGACGAGUGUAUUUUGGUCGAUGAGAAUGACGCCGUCGUCGGCCACGACACCAAAUACAACUGCCACCUGAUGGAAAAGAUCAAUUCCGAAAAUCUGCUGCACAGAUCCUUCAGCGUGUUUCUCUUCAACUCUAAACACGAGUUGCUUCUUCAGCAACGAUCUGCAACCAAGGUGACCUUCCCUCUUGUGUGGACCAACACCUGCUGCAGCCAUCCCCUCUACACGGAAUCCGAGCUCGUCGAAGCUGACGCGCUCGGUGUCAAGAAUGCCGCUCGAAGAAAACUACUGGACGAACUCGGCAUCCCCGCCGAUGACGUCCCCCUCGAUCACUUCCUUCCGUUAGCCCGUAUGCUGUACAAAGCACCGUCCGACGGCAAAUGGGGAGAACAUGAACUGGAUCACCUUCUGUUCAUCGUCCGGGACGUGAGGCUCGAACCGAACCCGGAUGAAGUAGCGGAUGUGAAGUACGUGAGCCGCGAGCAACUGCAGGAGCUUCUGAGGAAGGUGGAUGCAGGCGAAGACGGCCUCAAGCUCUCCCCGUGGUUCCGAUUAAUCGUGGACAACUUCUUGUUCGAAUGGUGGGAUCAUGUCGACGCAGGGACUCUCGCCCAAGCGGCUGACAUGAAAACCAUUCACAAAUUAACCUAGCUCAUUUGUAACUGGGGAAUCACUAUCUAUACCCCAAAAAAACCGUUACAUAUAGUGGUGUUGUCUAUGAUGCGCUCAUACGUAACUAUAAAAAAACCGUUAUCUAUUAUAUUAGAUAACAGUACGAUGCGCUCAUACGUAACAGUAAAAUACCGUUAUCUAUAGCCGCAUAGAUAACAUUAGGAUGCGCUCAUACGUAAUGGUAGAAUACCGUUAUCUAUAGUGUAAUAAAUAACAGUAUGAUGCGCUCAUACG